AUGAGCUUGACAUGGAUUGUGCUGCUGUUCUUCGGGAGAUGUCUGGGUAAAGGCUGCUGGGAUGCAGAGACAUUAGCCGCGCCAAAGCCACACCAGAACCACAGCGAGUGGCUGGCAGAGCUGAAAUCCUGGCGCGAAGAACAUUCAAAGAGAUAUCAGGCGGAAGCCUACAAAGAUCCAACCUUAACGUGGACUCGAACGUCUUAUGUCCAACCACAGAUCCACUUGUACGAUCGGUUUCUCUUCGAUGGGUCCUGGACGACGGAACGGUACUUGGAUGAUUUGGAGCAUCGUUACGGUGGCAUCGACUCGGUGCUUAUUUGGCCGACCUACACGAACAUCGGGAUCGAUGAUCGGAACCAGUUCGACUAUUUUCGAGCGGUUCCCGGUGGACUGAAGGCCUUAACAAACCUGACACUGUCCUUCCACAAGCGGAAGGUGAAGGUUCUCUGGGCCUACAACCCCUGGGAUCAAGCGACGCGGGACGAGGGCCGGCACUGGGAUGUCCUGGCCACUCUCCUAAAAGCCACCGGAGGCGAUGGCUUCAACGGGGACACCAUGACGACGAUCCCUUUGGAGUUUUGGGAAGCCGGUACACAUCGUAACUUCACCUUCGCGGUAGAGCCUGAAGGGGGCGGCGUCCCCUGCGACGACGAUUUUUCCAGCGCAGGAUGGACACCGCUCGGAUGGGGAUACUUUGGCCAGAAACGAGCGGACCGCAUGACUAUGAAGUACGACUACGAGCCUGGUGUCGACAAGAUGAAGUGGCUCGAUCCCCGCGGCAGACAUUUGACUCAUGUCUGUGAUCGUUGGUCAAAGAGCCGCGCGACCGCCAUACAGCUGGCCUUCUUCAAUGGAGAUGGCUACGAGUCAUGGGAAAACAUUUGGGGACUCUACAACCAGCUGACUGACAGAGACGCUGAGCUCCUCCGUCGAAGUGCCACCCUCCUUAGAUGGGCGGGCCAACGGAACCUGAGCCACGACUUUGAUGACUGGGUCCCUCACGCACCUGAGGCGACAGAUGCCUCCCAGGGCAUCUUUGCCUCGCGCUUCGAGAAGGCGAAGGAGGCCUUGUGGUUCCUCGUCAACAAGGGAAAAGAAGACGCUGAGAUCAAAGUGCGAAUCCCCGAGCCCUACCUGGCCGAAGGCUUUGAGAUUUUCGACCUCUACCACGGAAACAAGGUGAGCCCUGAGACGGACGGUGAGCAAGGUGUGGUGAAGCUGGCUAUCGAAGCUUCCGGGAUCUCGGCACUUCUCGCAACGGCCCAAGAGCCGGCAGCUACUUCGCCGCCUUCUUCGCUGCGGGCGCUCCUGGAGAGGAUGCGGAGACUCUCGCGCAGGCGCCUCGCAGAGUUUUCUGACCUUUGGCACGUUCUGCCACAGAAGAUGGACCCCAGGCCGUCUUCCAAGAUCUUUGAUUCGAGCCCGCCAGAGAUGGUCUUGCUCCCCCGCAUGGUAUUCAACUUUUCGAGCAGCGGCACGGAGUUCGAGGGCGGCUGCGAUCCGGCCGAGGACGACAACGAGAUCUGCUGCAAGGGCAGGUGUGUGGAGCCUGGAGCUCCAAGCUGCCAGUGCGGCGUCGUGCAGUUGGAGUACUUUGGAGUGGACGUGCAAUUCCCAUGGGAAGACCGACCAGAACGUAAUCACAGAAAGUCUCUUGAUCUCGGCCCUUUUCUCAUGGAUCGCGAUUUGGUCACGAACGCUGACUAUCUCCGGUAUUUGAAUGCCAGCGGAUAUAGUCCUGCUGACAACUUCAAUUUCUUGAAGCACUGGCAGACUGGCGGGCCGAAACCAGGCGAUGAGCAGAAACCGGUUGUGAACAUUGGAUUCGAAGAAGCGGAGAGGUACUGUCGCUUCUACGGAAAGAGGUUGCCUCACAGUUAUGAGUGGCAACUCGCCGCGCAGGGACUAGAUGGAAGAAAAUAUCCUUGGGGUGAUCACUGGGAUCCUUCUGCCGUCCCCCCUCCCGGUCACGAUCCCGAAAGCAUUCGGAAGCACGAGAAGGGCACGUCCGUCUUCGGUGUGCACGACUUGAUUGGAAACGUGUGGCAAUACACGGACUCCUUCCGAGAUGAGCACUCCAGGGCCGUCCUGCUGCGGGGGUCCAGCCGUUACAACCCGCAAGUCUCGGAAGCCUUCCCCUCCCUGAAUCAGUCUGUGAACUGGUAUUUCCCUCCUGCUCGCGAGUUGAACAAGCACUCGAAGUAUUUCCUCAUGAGUGAGAGCUACGAGCGUGCUGGGACACUUGGCUUCCGCUGUGCGGGAGACGUGGCCAACGGUGCACCCGCUCCAUAUCAUUACCGAAACGGUGACCAGAAGAACCACAAGGAAGUUCAGUUCGUUUGUCUGGUGCAGCCCCUGGUCGCAGCCUCAACAAGACACAGGGGAGGAAUGAGAAUGAGCCUCAAAAGCACCGCAAAGGCAAAGGGAGGAUCGACAGAAGCGUCUGCAAGGAAAGCUUGGGUUCCUGCAGCUCCGAAGGUCGUCGAUCGUGGGCCUGAGCCAAAGCAAGCCAGCCUCGCAGAAGGCCGUGCCCGCUGGCAGCGCAUCAGCAAGCGGCUGCAAGGGGAGAAGGAGAAGCUGCAAAGCGCGCCGAGCGCGGAGAGCGCGAGGGACGAGCCUUCCAAGGCCAAGGCCUCGAAGGCCAAGGCCUCGGCCAAACCCUCGGCUGGCACUGCGAGGUGCGGCAACUUGUCGGGUUCCGAAGGGCGGAAGGUCACACGUUCAGCUAGCAACAUCACCGCCCAAGAUCGAAGCUCGUCCGAAGCGCCACAGGCGCCGAUCGGAGCCUACGUUGGUCCGGAGCAUGCUGUGUCGGUGAGUUUGGAAGCGGCUGCCCCAGACUUGUUGGAGGUGGAGUUCUCGAAGGUGCUCUUCUCGGUCCAGGGCACCUCGUACUUGCCGCCCGCCAUAGACUUUCCACCGGGCGACACAGCCCGUCGGAAGUUCUUCGCUGUGGCCGAACGGGUGGUUCCUCUGCCAGACGGUGCAAGCGAGGUGAAAGGAGCUUUGCUCUCCAGGCCCGCAGUGGAAGAGCUCUUGUUGAGGCCUUAUGCCGCUUAUGCCUGUAACUUACAACGGCUGGUGGACAUGCGGGAUCCAGUGCCAAGGCGGAUGGCUUCGCUUUCGCCGCUUCCAUGCUCUUGCAGCCCAAGUCUUGAUGUGCUUGACUUGGACCUGGAAGUGGUCCAACUGAAUCGUCAUGGACUGCGAGCAGGCAGCGCGCCUGCUCGCGCGACGGUCUUUUCCGCGGCCGGCAGCCUUCAGUUUGGGGAAUGCGAAUCGCCGCCUGGGCUGCAAUGGAACAGCUGCAGACGAAGCUGUGACACCUUUCGAUUCAAAGCCACAGAGGCAGCCGAGGCAGGAGAAGCACGCUGGUCCUAUGUAGCAUUUGCCAAGUCUUUUCCCUUCACGAACAACUUGCUUAUUGCUACGAUGAAGACUUCAGCUGCCGAUUUGGUGGCCCAAUGUGUGAUCGAGCAGAAGCCUUUGAAUGAAGUUGAUUGGAAACGCAAUAUGGUCUUCUGCUUGUUCGGCGCUGUCUAUUUAGGAGCCUUUCAGUAUUGGUAUCAGGUCAAUGUUUUCAAGCGGAUGUUCACCGGAGUCGAGAAAUUCACCGAACAGCCUUGGGCGGCAAAGAUCCGUGACGGCCCGGGGCUUCUGGCGCUCGGUGCGCAGACCGCUCUGGACCUGGGGAUGCUGACCUUCGUGUACUUGCCGACCUUCUACGUCUUCAAAGCUGGAGUCUUCAGCACCGCUUGGGAUGCCAGCGAGUGGCUGAAGGGCGGCCUCGGCAGCUACACCCGAAACUGGAACAAGGAUGUCUUCGACGUCUUCCGAGUUUGGGGCCCCGCAGAUCUCGUUUGCUUCUCCGUGCCUCUGUGGCUGCGGCUCCCGGUGCGGCAUGUCGUCUCCUUUGUUUGGACGGCAUACCUCUCCUUCGCCCGCGGUGCAAACAAGUGA